CUUUCCCUUGUUCCUCCUGCCCUCCACUUGCAUUACUGGCCCCGAGUGAGUACUCCCCAGCUGGCCACGUCCAUCAUUACAGUCAGGUCUGAGGAUUCCUGCUUCUACUCAGAGCCUGUGGCGCUGCAGACACAAACAGUCCUUAGCGGACAACUAUUGUAACAACCCAUUCUUUAAAAUGUAAGCCAGGGAGCAUUUUGGUUUUUUUUUUUUCCCCUCACAUUGUCCAGAAGCAACCUUUCUUCCUGAGCCUGGAUUAAUCAUGAGAGAGCUUGUCAACAUUCCACUGUUACAGAUGCUCACCCUGGUCGCCUUCAGCGGGACUGAGAAACUUCCAAAAGCCCCCGUCAUCACCACUCCUCUUGAAACUGUAGAUGCCUUAGUUGAAGAAGUAGCAACUUUCAUGUGUGCCGUGGAAUCCUACCCUCAGCCUGAGAUUUCUUGGACCAGAAAUAAAAUUCUCAUCAAGCUGUUUGACACCCGCUACAGCAUCCGGGAGAAUGGACAGCUCCUCACCAUCCUAAGCGUGGAAGACAGUGACGAUGGCAUCUACUGCUGCAUAGCCAACAACGGAGUGGGAGGAGCCGUGGAGAGUUGUGGCGCCCUGCAAGUGAAGAUGAAACCUAAAAUAACGCGUCCUCCCAUUAACGUAAAAAUAAUAGAGGGAUUGAAGGCAGUUCUCCCGUGCACUACAAUGGGUAACCCCAAGCCAUCCGUGUCCUGGAUCAAGGGUGACAGUGCUCUCAGGGAAAACUCCAGAAUUGCAGUUCUUGAAUCUGGGAGCUUAAGGAUCCAUAACGUGCAGAAGGAAGAUGCAGGACAGUACCGGUGUGUGGCAAAGAACAGUCUGGGAACAGCUUAUUCCAAACUGGUGAAGCUGGAAGUGGAGGAAGACAGUGAACCUGAGCAGGACGCUAAAGUUUUUGCAAGAAUCCUGCGUGCUCCUGAAUCCCACAAUGUCACCUUUGGUUCCUUUGUAACCCUACGCUGCACAGCAAUAGGCAUCCCUGUCCCCACCAUCAGCUGGAUUGAAAACGGAAAUGCUGUUUCUUCAGGUUCUAUUCAAGAGAGUGUGAAAGACCGAGUGAUUGACUCAAGACUCCAGCUCUUUAUCACAAAGCCAGGACUCUACACAUGCAUAGCUACCAAUAAGCAUGGAGAGAAAUUCAGUACCGCAAAGGCUGCAGCCACUGUCAGUAUAGCAGAAUGGAGUAAGUCCCAAAAGGACAGCAAAGGCUACUGUGCCCAGUACAGAGGGGAGGUGUGUGAUGCAGUUCUGGCGAAGGAUGCUCUUGUCUUCUUCAACACCUCCUACCCGGACCCUGAGGAUGCCCAAGAGCUUCUGAUCCACACUGCAUGGAGUGAGCUGAAGGCUGUAAGCCCACUCUGCCGUCCAGCUGCCGAGGCUCUGCUGUGUAACCACCUCUUCCAAGAGUGCAGCCCUGGAGUGGCGCCGACCCCCAUGCCCGUUUGCAGAGAAUACUGCUUGGCAGUAAAGGAGCUCUUCUGUGCAAGGGAAUGGCAGGCAAUGGAAGGAAAGACCCACCGGGGACUCUACAGAUCUGGGAUGCAUCUCCUUCCUGUACCAGAGUGCAGCAAGCUUCCCAGCAUGCACCAGGACCCCACGGCCUGCGUAAGACUGCCAUAUUUAGAUUAUAAAAAAGAAAACAUAACAACAUUCCCGUCGAUAACGUCCUCCAAGCCGAGCGUGGACAUUCCAAAUCUGCCUGCCUCCACUUCCUCCUUUGCCGUCUCGCCUGCCUACUCCAUGACGGUCAUUAUCUCCAUCAUGUCCAGCUUUGCCGUGUUUGCCCUUCUCACCAUUGCUUCUCUCUAUUGCUGCCGAAGGAGGAAAGGGCGGAAGAACAAGAAAAGGGAGUCGACAGCAGUGACCCUCACCACAUUGCCUUCUGAGCUCCUGCUGGAUAGGCUCCACCCCAACCCCAUGUACCAGAGAAUGCCACUUCUUCUGAAUCCCAAGCUGCUCAGCCUGGAGUAUCCGAGGAAUAACAUUGAGUAUGUCAGAGACAUCGGAGAGGGAGCGUUUGGAAGGGUUUUCCAAGCAAGGGCCCCAGGCUUGCUCCCUUAUGAGCCUUUCACUAUGGUGGCCGUGAAGAUGCUGAAGGAGGAGGCCUCUGCAGACAUGCAAGCGGACUUUCAGAGGGAGGCAGCCCUCAUGGCGGAGUUUGAUAACCCCAACAUUGUGAAGCUCUUAGGUGUGUGCGCGGUUGGGAAACCAAUGUGUCUGCUCUUUGAAUACAUGGCCUAUGGUGACCUCAAUGAGUUCCUCCGAAGCAUGUCCCCGCACACUGUGUGCAGCCUCAGCCACAGUGACCUGUCCACGAGGGCUCGAGUGUCCAGCCCUGGUCCUCCACCGCUGUCCUGUGCAGAACAGCUCUGCAUUGCCAGGCAGGUAGCGGCUGGCAUGGCCUACCUUUCUGAGCGCAAGUUUGUCCACCGGGACUUAGCUACCAGGAACUGCCUGGUUGGGGAGAACAUGGUGGUGAAAAUUGCAGACUUUGGCCUCUCCAGGAACAUCUAUUCUGCAGACUACUACAAAGCUGAUGGAAACGAUGCCAUCCCUAUCCGCUGGAUGCCGCCCGAGUCCAUCUUCUACAACCGCUACACCACGGAGUCAGAUGUGUGGGCCUAUGGUGUGGUCCUCUGGGAGAUCUUCUCCUACGGACUGCAGCCCUACUAUGGGAUGGCCCACGAGGAGGUCAUUUACUAUGUGAGAGAUGGCAACAUCCUCGCCUGCCCUGAGAACUGUCCCUUGGAACUGUACAACCUCAUGCGCCUGUGUUGGAGUAAGUUGCCUGCGGACAGACCCAGUUUCUGCAGUAUCCACCGGAUCCUGCAGCGCAUGUGCGAGAGAGCAGAGGGAACGGUGGGUGUCUAAGGUUGACCGUGCUCAAACCCACCAGGCUCUUUUCAGACUGUGAGCUGGAGGAAUCCUACAGUGGAGGCCGGAUAAGAUCAGUUAGGAAGCAUUGAACUCAGACAUCACAUGCCAAUUGUUUGCCAAGAGAGACAGAUGGUGAAUAACCAACAGGGUUAAAGGGUCACAUCGAAAUAGGUAGUCGGAGAUACAGGCAAGGAAAGAGGACAGCAGGUAGCUCUUCUCCCUCAUAGGGACAGUUUCUAAUACACAUUGUGUAAUAAGAGCACCACUGGUUUAUGUUCCUACAUCACCUCUCAGAGUGAGACUGUUGCGUUUAGCUUGAAUCCAAAGCUGGAUGGGCAACUUAAGUUCUAACAGAUGACAGACACUCUGCCCAUUGCAAAAGCAGCGUGUCUUUGUAUACAUUUAGGUGAAGGACAGAAAACUAAAGAUAGGAAUCCAUUCUUCCACCAAUCAAGAUGCAUGGCAGAGUCUCUCUGUUGUUUACUUUCUUGCAUUGAAUGUGUAAUCUUGUAUUUCAUUCUGGAAUUGGUUAUCUAUUUUACUGAUAGAUUUUUGAAGAAUAAAAUGUGGAAAGCCUGCAGACUCCA